UGAAAGCACGCACUUCCAAAUUAUAUUAUAUAUUGUACAAAUUAAUAAUAAAUUGCACUUUCUAAACAUAUACCAUAAGUACCAUAUGACACAUUCAGAUUUUGAACAUAAAAAUUGUGUACAACGUAUUAUGCAUGUGUUAUGAAUAUAUGUAAUAAAGGAAAUAUAUACACAAUAGAUGUCACGACACGCAUGAUAUUCCUAAGCAGAGCCAGUAUGUGUUUAAUAUGCGAUCUUAUAAGACGUAACGAAAACGACAGUAUCAUAACGUACCUAUAUAAGUUGUAUAAUAUAUAAAAAAAAUUUGUAAACCCAAAAAAUACAAUGUUUUUUCUACUGACAAUGGUAUUAAUAUUUUUACUAAAUGAAGCAAACGCCUAUAUCAGACAAGAUACAGAAACAAUAUUGCUGCCGGCGUCGAAUCCGACAGGCGCAAAGGAGAUAUCAUUAACUCUGAAAGUUUUCGGAGAAUUGAUUCACCUAAAUUUGCGUCGAAACGAUCGCAUUGUAUCGCCUGAGUUCGAAGUAUGGAAAAAUAAUAAAAAAAGCGAUACAGAAAAAUUGUUGGAAUUAAACGUAUCAGAUCCUUGUUAUUAUUAUCAUAAAAAUCACAUCAGCUCUGCGAUUAUCAACUUUUGUCAUAAAUAUGGAUGGGAAGGACUCGUUUUUCUGGAAGACGACACAUUAGAGAUUCGGCCUUUGUGGAACGAAUUUACGGCUUUGUGCUUAAUCGACGAUUUCAGAGAACAAACUAAUCUUUCAUUUGGCAAACCUCAUCUUAUUAAAAGGUCACUGCAAUAUUUUGCUGAUUCAAAUUUUUAUCAUUGGGACAAUUCUAAACAUAAGCGACAUCGUGUACGAAAUGCGCAACAAAAGUUAAUCAUAGAACUUGUCAUUUUCUUGGACGCAGCAGCAUAUCAGACGUUCAAGCCUCUUGUAAAGAACGAUAAGCAAAAAAUGAACCAAAUAAUAAAAGCGUAUGUGAAUCGUAUCGAAACUGCGUUCAAUGAUCUGGAUGUUUUAUUCGAUAUUUCGUUAGUUUAUGUAUAUGUUUUGGAAUAUCAACCGCCAGUUUUGCCAGUUUUCGGCGGCGACAUUGAGAAACUGCUCGAUUCGUUCUGCCUAUACGCGAAUGUUCUCAAUCCUCCAGAUGACAGUAAUUCACAUCAUUGGGACAUUGCACUUUAUUUAACCGGAAUAAAUCUUUAUAAAUUUUUGGGCCAUAUAUCAAAUAGAAGAUUGAGGAAAAAUUAUACAGUCACGGGAAAUGCCUACCAGGAUGGCGCAUGCAAACCACUUUUAUCAUGCGCAAUAGUAGAACUCCGCAAUAACUUUGAAACCCAAUCCUCGCGAUAUAUAUCAUCAUCUAUUAAUGCUGCUUUUCAGAUCGGCCAUCUUUUAGGAUUGGCACAAGAUCAAAAUUAUGGAGUUACAAAAAAAUACGACGAUACAUUCAUAAAUUCAGCUGGCCCUACAUUUCACAGCAUGAUAACAUGGUCCGAAGAUAGUCGUAAUAAAAUAAAAAAAGUUUGGGAAAGAAAAAAAUGUCUUCGAGAUGAUACAAAAUCGGACAAAACGGGAGAAAAGUUAAUCAUAGAACUUGCCGUUUUUGUUGACGAAGCUGCAUAUCGUAAGUUUUUGCCUCUUCUGGACAACAAUAAGGAGAAGUUGCACAAUAUGGUAUUAGCAUACGUGAAUCAAAUACAAGCUGUGUUCCAUCAUCCGAGCUUGGGUGUCUCACUCGAUAUUAUGUUGGUACAUUUGUAUAUUAUGAACAAACAGCCGUCAAAUUUGAUAAUUUCUGACGGCGACGUUGACGAAGUGCUCAAUUCGUUUUGCAAAUAUGCAAAUUCUCUCAAUCCUCCUGAUGACAAUGAUCCGGGUCACUGGGACAUUAGUCUUUACCUAACCGGAAUAAAUCUUUAUGAAUAUUUGGGCAGACGGUUGCCCUACAAAAGAGGCCAGACAGUAAACAAUUUCACAACAGGAUUAACUUACAUUGAUGAAGUGUGCAGCCCGCAACAUUCGUGUGCAGUAGUACAGUUCGGUGCUGUAUUUGAAAACUUAACCUCGGGAUUUACAUCAUCACGUUCUGCUCUUCAUUUGAUCGGCCAUCUUAUAGGAUUGGAACUCGAUAGGGAUCCUUUUGAAUCGUAUAAGAAUGCAGGUGAUGUAAAUAUAACUGUAAUGUCACCUGAUCGAUAUUUUUGGGGUUAUGUAACAUGGUCUAAACGUAGUCGUAACAAAAUUGAAAGACUCUGGGAAAAGAAGCCGUGUCUUCGAGAUGAUACAACAUCGGAAAACAUCACUAACGCUUAUGCAUUGGAUCAUUCGCGUUAUCACGAAUUACCCGGAAGAGAAUGGACUGCCAAAGCACAAUGCGAAUUAUAUUUGGGUGACAAGAAUGCGAACGUAGUAACGUUGCAUGAUAUAUGUCAAAUUUUACAAUGCGAGACGCCUCGUAGAGCUUACUUUGCGGGACCAGCGUUGGAGGGAACUUCUUGCGCACUUGGGAAGGAAUGUCGCGGCGGGGAAUGCGUGCCUGUUAUCGAACCGCCGUACAUAUUUAAGUAUUGUGAAGACUAUAACUGGAGCGAAUGGAAAGAGGACUCUUGUAGAAGUAGUUGCUUGGCACAAUCCAAAGGCGUGGUAGUCAAACGACGUUCUUGCAAGCAUGGGACUAACAGAUCAGCGAAUUGCAUAGAACUAUAUUACGACGUGGUUCUGUGCAAUGAUUCUUUACUUUGUACUCAGAAACGCAUGACGAUUGCGGAGUUUACUACCAUAAAAUGUACUGAAUUCAAGGAUAUCAUGUCAGAUCUGCUUUCACAGCCAGGAUAUCAGGGUCAUUAUUACAAUGAUAAACCAUGGAUAGCUUGUACUAUAUUUUGCAAACGAAAAAACUUUUCUUAUUCAGGCGUUGAAAUGAUCGCUAAUGGCGUAAACCCAUACUUUCCAGAUGGAACAUUAUGCCACAAAGAACGUAAUAAGAAUUAUUAUUGUCGUAAGCAUCAUUGUGUACCGGAAAACUAUGAAUUCUGAAAAAAUUACUAAUUAAUUUAUACCUAAACGAGGAUAUGGAAGAAUUCUGAUUGCAAUCCAUGUGUAAUCAAUAAAUACUGUCAGAUAUUUUGUAUAGUUUAUGACAAUUUAUAAAACAUGUAUAGACCUAGAUAAUUUUUAUUUUACACAAGAUGGCUUGCACACUCGACCUAGACAGAUGGAUUGACGAUUGUGUCGGCAUCAGAAACAAAUUUCAUUAUUUAGUAUUAGUAACAGCAAAAAGAAACUUAAAUUUAAAAAGUUGUUAGUUAUUAAUUAACAAGAUUAUGAAAGGAGACAGUUGGAUAAAACAGUUUUAGCAUAUAACUGUGGAGUGACAGUCUUAAGCUGUUUAGAAAAUGUUUUGAGUAAAAUUAAAGACGAUAAUAUAUUGUUAUUUAAAUAAUAUUUUGUUAUUAAUGUUUGUAACUAAGAAACAUAAGAAGCUUCGAUGGAAUAAAAAAAAAUUUUUUUCACGUA